AUGCCCGCCAUUCUGGAGGACCCCGACGCGCCAACCAUCUACCGUGUCUCGGGUGACCCCCCCUACCCAGACCCGGCCAACCCCUCUCUGCCGCCGUCGAUCCAACCGCGCCAUGUGACCCUGCGUGAUCGCCAGACGGUUGCUACCGUCGUGCCAUUUGCGUCCCGUCACCAGGUGCCCGAAUCGCUGUUGCGGUACCUCAACGACCAGUUCAACAAAGAGAUCGAGAAGGGUGACACGUACCCGAUGAUGGAGCCCAUGAGCUUCGACAAGUUUGCGUCGUACUGGUUCCAGAACUUCGCCGGCAUCAUGUUGCUAGGGCAUAUCGAGAGCCCGGCUGACGUGGUCGAGGGCAAGGACUGGUCCAAGGAGUGCCUGGGCACGUUCUACAUCAAACCGAACUACCCGGGCCGCAGCAGCCACAUCUGCAAUGCUGGCUUCAUCGUCACGGACGCCUCGCGCAAUCGUGGUGUUGGGCGGCUGAUGGGCGAGGCGUAUCUCGACUGGGCGCCCAAGCUGGGCUACAAGUACUCGGUGUUCAACCUGGUCUACGAGACCAACGUGGCGUCGUGCAAAAUCUGGGACGCGCUGGGCUUCAAGCGCAUCGGGCGCGUCAAGGGCGCCGGCAACCUCAAGAGCUACCCGGACCGGCUGGUGGACGCCAUCAUCUACGGACGCGACCUGGGCGACGCGGCCGGCGGCUCGGGCAACGAGGAACUUGUGAGUGAAGAGCGUUUCGACAAGAUUCGGUUCUAUCUCAAAACCGGUCGCUAUCCCAACGGCGCUGACCGAGCCGAAAAAAGCAGGCUGCGUAGCGCUGCCACCCACUACAAGCUGGUCGACGACGUCCUGAUGCUGCACGACAAGGAGGUCAUCUCGGACCCCCAGCGCCAGUACGAGAUCGCCCGCCAGGUGCACAAUCAGGCCCAUGCCGGCAUCAACAAGACGACUGCCACCAUUGCCGAACGCUACCACUGGAGCCGCAUCAAGGAGACCGUCUCCGAUGUAAUUAGAAAUUGUGCUGAAUGCAAAGAGUCGUCUAGCAAGAGUAGCAACCACAACAAUGCCGGUGCUGCGUCAGCGGUUCAAAGCCAUCAGGGGACUCCGGCAGUAACGGGUUGUUCAUCGUCCGGUGUAUCAGGGCAAGGGGGGGUCAGCAACCUCAACCCAUUGAAGCGGCCCGUGAAUGUUGCUGUCAGCUCAGACGCGCUGCAGCCUCCCAGUAAACGUGCCUCGCCAAGUCCUGCUGCUUCUGCUGCUUCUGUCACUACUACCACGGCCGGCGUAUCUGCCGUUGCAUCAGUGCCGGUAACAGCACCGUCGGCUGGCCCUGCCCCGGAGAUAAUCAGUCCCGCUGUUGCUGCGGCUGCGGCUGUAGCGGCUGCUACCCUCGGGCAGCAUCGGCAUGCUCCCCCGCCGGUGCCCCCACCUCUUACAGACGGCCCGGGCCUGCCCGACCCCUCCCAUCUAGCUCCAUUCUCUGUCGCUGCACACCAUCACCACCACCAGUAUGCCGACCCGGCAGCCAUAUCGAUACUGACCCCAGGGGCAACAGCAGCAGCUCAUCACGGCCUCGCUUCGGGGGACACAGGCUCCCCCGUGACGGGCCACGACCACGACCCCAGCCAAGUACAACUCCAUGCUCAAUAUAAAGCAUUCCACUCAUCACACCCACAUCAUCACACAUCAGCAUCCCUCUCAGGCUUAUCCGCCGUAUCGCCGGACUAUAGCGCGCCUAUCGACCCACAAAUCAUCAGCCAAUCCGCAUCCAAUCCGGCCGACCACCUCCACCAUGCCGCUGCCGCUGCCGCCGCAUAUGCCAAUCCUUUUGAUACCACGCCCCGUCAUCAUCAUCAUCAUCAUCAUCAUCAUCAUCACCAGCAGCAGCACGGCCAGCCAACACAUCACCCGUUUCAUCAGCAUCCCUCAGGGCUAGCCCAAGCCCAUCACGAUCCCGACACAGACACCUUCCAAGCCUUACUCAACGCAACUGGUGAAGACGAGGCCCCUUCAACCAGUGGUAGUAACCCCGUUAAUCCCGCCAACAACCUCCCGCAACACCCCACCCGCUCCCAGUCUGUCUUAGUCUCAGUUACACACUCCCAAGCGCCCGGGACAUCAACCACAACAAGCACGCAUACACGUACCCCCGUCGAUGAAGACGCCGACGCCGACGCCGACGCCGACGCCGACGCAGAAGCAGACCCGGAUCCCGCUCCCGAUCCCGAAGACGCAGACACGAUGGACAGGGAUCUAGAAAUGCUCCUCGAGCAGGCCCAGCAAGAGGGCAUGGAGUUGGGCAACAUCAGGGGUUGA